AUGUAUAUGUACGCAUUCCAGGGCGGAGUAUACGUGUUCCAGUUGGUUGAUUGGUAUUUGGGCGCUGUGGCCUGCUACGUCAUUGCUGUACUCGAGUGUGUAGCCGUUGGCUGGUGUUACGGAGCCGAGCGUUUCUCUGCUGAUGUGCAGAUGAUGAUUGGAAAACGCCUGCCUGUGAUCUACAAAGUUGUUUGUUUCAUCAUCGUCCCUGCUCUCUUGACCAUAGCUUUGGUUUUGACGCUGGCUUCAUACAAGCCUCCAAGAUACGGAGAGUACGACUACCCCACUUCGGCCAUCGUCUUCGGAUGGUUCAUUGCUCUUGUGUCCGUAGUUCCUGUUCCAGUCUACAUGGUCAUACAAAUACUCAAGAUGGAAGGAUCCCUGGCACAGCGUAUUAAAGCUUCCGUGAUGCCCGCGCAUGAGUGGCUGAGAUCAAGACGACAGCAUGGUCUGGCAGACAAACAAGAGUCGAUAUCUGCGAAGGAUAACUUCCUGUUUAUGAUCGGGCGAUAAUAACACGCACUAGACUGUAUCAGGGACAACUGUUUCGUAUCUGUGUAUGUGUAUCUGUAACCUUGCUUAGCAUUUUUAUGCUUAUUUACGAAAGGAAGACUUAGUGAUGAGUGGAUGGUCGUGAAUCUUGGCAUGUAUGUGUGACUUUAAAUUUAACUCACUCACCCACUCACGUGGCAUGUAUGUAAUUCCGAUUAGAAACUGAAUACUGUAACUGCAUAUGUGUUGCUACCUUGCUUUUGUUAGUUUUCUUAUUCAUGGAAGGGAUUAGUGAAUCGACGGACACCUGUUGUUAAACUUAGCAUUUGGUUAUUUCCGAUUAGAAGCUGCACACUGUACAUGUACAAGCGAGUCCGGUAAUUCCACGCGUCCAGUAAUUCUGCGCUGCUGCAAUAGCGUACAUCCGUAUCGAAGGUAAACAUCGUCUGCUACCACAUUUACCCUUGAAAUCGGGACAUUUCUACAAGGGACUGGCU